UCACAAUUACGGAUCUUAUAAAUAUCAUAAUAUAUAUGCGAUUUGUCUUUUCCCAGUAAGUAAAUGGCAUCCGUGUGUUCACAUCAAAGCAACAUACGAAGCAGCACAUUCAUAUUCCAGAACCCCCUCGCACACAUCUAAUUGCGGUUUGGAAGCUGAUAAACCAGAAAUGGGGGAGAUGAAGAUGCAAGAGAUAUCCUUGCCAGCUUUAUUCGAGCAGUCUCGAAAAAUUCAUUCAAUUGCAUCUGAAUCCACCGUUGAUCAGGACAUUGUCAAAAAAGGUUGCGAGCUUUUGAGACAAUGCGAGGAGAUGGUCACUAAAUUAGGAUUGUUCUCGCUCAAUGAGACAAAAGAUGAUAUUAGCACUGCUAAUCUGAAAUAUAUCCUGGUGCCAUACUAUCUUGCAGAGCUAACAGAAAAAAUUGCAGAAGAUAAUAGGAUAAAAGUACUCAAGGUUUCACAAGCCAAGUUAAAGGAAUUCAUUUCAUUUUGUGAGACAAUGGAGCUUGUUCCAGAAGAGGAGAUAGAGACAUCUACACAAGGUGGAGCUAAUUCUUUUGCAGAUCGUAGAGCUAAGAAGAUUGCUCGAUUCAAACGCCAAAGAGCUGCUGAGUCAAAGCUGCUUGAAUUGAAGGAGCGGAAGGAGCGUCGUGGGCGAUCAACUAAAGCAGCUGCGUUGUCUACUCCUGUCGAGACUGGAGAAGAUGAUGUGUCGGAUGAUGAUGGCGAAGAAGAACGAGAGGCAUGGCUUACAACCAUCUCCUUGGCCCUCAGUAAGGCUUUUGAUCUGCUUGAAAUGCUGAACAAAGAGGAAGAAAUGUUAUCUGCUAUUAAUGAAAGGCAGCUUCAGGAUGGGGAGAACGAAUUUUCUCAGAUAGUACUUGAUGAACGCACCAAAAAAGCAGAAACUUGGCAUCGUGAUGCUGCUGCUCGAGCUCACUACACAAAACCUGCAGCACCUAUCACCUGUGCUACUUUCGCUCAAGAUGUCAUAGAGGGAAGGGCCACAGUUUCACAGGCACACGAACAUAAACACCAACCGUUAAUUUUUGGACCAGCAAGUCUUGUUGGUAGAAAUCCAACAACCGAACGAGAAAAAAUAGCAGCACAGGUUUUUCAGCCUCAUUAUAGAUUACCAACCAUGAGCAUAGAGGAAGCUGGGCUAACGGAGAUGAAUAUGAUGAACGAAUGGCAAGAGAGGAACAUGAAACUCAUGGAAGAAGCAAAUUCUUCAUGGUACAAGGAUGGCCCAAAGUUAAGGCCAGGUGAAGAUGACGAAGAAGAUGAUGACGCUGCUCAAGACAAGGCAAGAGCAUGGGAUGACUGGAAAGAUGAUAACCCCCGUGGUGCUGGCAACAAGAAACUCACUCCUUGUGGUUAAGGAAGCAGCUGCCGGUGAGCUGGAGUAUCCAAAACAUAAACUGCUGCAGCAUUUGAAGAAGCCGUUCUGAAUUAGACUGCCCUGUUAGUUGUACGCCAAACUUAUCCAUAAGUUUGAAACCAUUUUAUUUCCAGUUUACAUGUACUAAAUUAUACGCUGACUUUGCUUAUAUGUACUAAAUUAGAUCGCUGAUGUAUUGUACAGUAGUUCUAAUGGAAAGGUAUUGAUGUCAA